UAUAUCCGAGUUCUGGCACGCCAAUCAUCGGGGAAAGCGUUGAUUUGCGGUACACAUGCGUUCUCACCAAAAUGCAGAGAAUACGUGUACUCAAGCACGGACGGUACCCUGAAAAACGUCCGGCAAUUUGACGGAAUGGUGAGGAUAAGUUUUUUCAAAAGUUCCUGGGCAUAUCACCGUAUGAUCCACGUGAUAAUUCGACUAUCUAUACUGGGACCGUAUCGGAUUUUGUUGUACUGGACUGUAAGUUUAUUUAAAGGACGAGUUUCCAUCGAUUACGGUACACUGUACUUUGUAGCACCGAAUUUUGUUGGCUCGUUUGUAUACAAGGAGCAUGUCUACUAUUGGUAUCGAGAACGAGCCGCUGAAGCGAUGGAUAAUAAUGAAGAGCGUCAGAUCUAUGCCCGAGUGGCACGGGUUUGCCGUAAUGAUAAAGGUGGCGCAAGACCAGCAAACGAGCGGUGGACGUCGUUUGUAAAGGCUCGACUGAACUGCUCACUUCCUUCGGCGACGCCAUUUUACUUCAACGAACUCAAAGCGGUUUCCGAUCCAAUAGCGACGUCAGCGAAUGAUCAUCGUGUCUAUGCGGUGUUCUCCACUCCGGAUUCUGAUGUCCGAAUGAGCGCUGUGUGCUCGUUCUCAAUGAAGCGCAUCAGAGAGGAAUUUGACUACGGAACUUUCAAACAGCAGCGAACUGUAAGCUCUCUAUGGGUGCCGUACAAUCGGAACGAAAUUCCACGACCACGUCCUGGUGCCUGUGUACCCGACUCCACUCGUUUACCAGAAGCUACAGUGUCGUUCAUCACCAGGACACCGUUGAUGCAUCGUGCGAUCGAAUCUAUCAAUGGUCCGAUGCUCAUCGAAGGUUCAGAGAGGGCUGAUCUCACCCAGAUUGCUGUUUUGCCACAUGUGGAUUCUGUGAAUGGUCAACACUACGAUAUCAUCUAUAUUGGGACUUCGGACGGUCGUGUUCUAAAGAUCAUUGAGACCGUAGGCAAUACUACAGUAAUCGAGUCGAUUACCGUAUUCUCAAAAACGGUGCCAGUGGUGAAUCUGCUGACGACUCCACGGCAGUUGGUAGUGGUCUCUUCUGAUGAGGUAGCCACGAUUGACGUGCAUCACUGUAAUGAGCCGGACUCAUGUAAUCGAUGCAUAGCCCUACAGGAUCCACACUGUGCUUGGGAUUUGACCAUUGCCAGAUGUGUGAAUCGGAACUCAUGGAGUGGCGGCCAUUUCAUACAGAACAUCGUUUUCGGUCAGUCAGAACAGUGCCCGGAAGGAAUUGUGAUUUCGGAAGAGCUGAGUGACGAACCAAACUCUGAACGAGUUGUGGAGAGUCGAAGAGGUAUGCACUCGCCAGAGAGCCUGUUUCUCGCCUGUGGUUUGUCGGCUCUCAUAGCUUUGGUGAUAGGAUCAUUUGUAACAUAUCGAGUCACAAGAGCUCGUGUAUUGGCCGAAGCUCACCAUUCAGCCAGUUCAACCAGCGGCUCAGAUUACGACAGUUUUGGUAGAGCUCGACUGACCAGACAUGACUCGUUGACGACAGCAGGCAGAGGCCUACGGGGCUUUGUUCCAAGCGUUGACGCCUCAUCUCUUGUCCUGACGAUGCCGCCGGCGAUGACAAUGAGUCAACAUGGUUCCGGUAUAAAUACACCGUCGAGGGAUAAAAAUGCGAUUAUGACGUCUAUAAAUCAAAAUACGCUGCCACGCGACUAUAAAGUGAAAAAAGUCUAUUUGUAG